AAAAGAGUGGAACCUGUAGAUCCAUUAGCGAUAUCUGAAUCGCUAGGAGUUCAGACUUUUCGUAGAGAAACCAGACGGCCGUUUACCAAAGAAGAGGAUGACCGUUUGACCGAGCUUGUCAACCGUUAUUAUGGUGAUAAGGUCCAUGACUUAAACUUAGAUCUGGUGGACUGGGAGUUUCUAUCCAAGGAGUUGGAACCUAACGGUUCUAGGAAACCCAAGAUGUGUCGUAAGAGAUGGGCCAAUUCGCUUGAUCCCAACUUAAAGAAAGGCAAAUGGUCGCCUGAAGAAGAUGAAUUGCUUAUACGAACCUACCAGAAGUAUGGCGCAACCUGGCUACGUGUAGCUUCAGAAAUUCCUGGCAGAACAGACGACCAGUGUGCCAAAAGAUAUACCGAAGUGUUAGAUCCAAGCACCAAGGACCGGUUGAAGUCUUGGACACAAGAGGAAGACUUGAAGUUGAUCAGUUUGGUCAAGAUUCAUGGCACCAAAUGGAGAACUAUAUGCACAAAGAUAGCUGGCCGCCCAGCAUUAACUUGCAGAAACAGAUGGAGAAAGCUUCUAACCGACGUAGUACGAGGAAAGUCUAGCGACUUUAUAAAACGACAGGUUCAGUCCAUAACAGAUGGCCUUAAGCUCGAAGCCACUGCCUCCAUUUCUAAUGAAGAGGAUCAAUUUACAAAGCCAGCAGCUUCUGGUUCUAUGGAAAAUUCAACUCUUUCACAGACUUCCAAGUCUAUACAAGCUGGUUCGUCUUCCAUACUGAGCACGAUCGCUUCAGUCUUGUCUGCCAACUCUGUAGGCACAGUAUCGGCUUCUCCCUCUGUGUCUGCCUCCACGUCUGUUUCAGGUAUUGCUGAACAAGCAGGUGACCAAGUUGCUCUAGCUUCCAGAUCGAAACCAGAACAGCGUACAUCGUCGGAAUCUACAAGGGAGGUUGAAUGGAGAUAUACCAUAAUGGGAGGCGAAGAUGCCGAUUUGCCUCACAAGCGAUUGUUCAACAGCGAGAACGGUGGUGCCAUCAAGAAUCAAGAAAUGGUGCAUUAUCUAAUUUCGUAUGCCAAAACUCAUGGAUUGAAUAUAACUGUCCACCAACAUAUCCACCACCACUACUCGCCUCCACAGCAUGCGGCAGUAGAUGUGAAUGGUUACCAGCAGACCUACCAGUCUUUAUUAUCGCCUGUUAAUGCUAUCAAUCAGACUGAUGGCUCCCAUAGAGACACCAUAAGUAAUGCGUCUGGAUCUCCAGCUGACGGCCGUUCUUCAUCCGCAUACUUACUUGAGCCUGAAACUCAAUUAAAUAGACAUCAACACUUCAACUACUUGCCACCCACGACUGAAGUUCCAAAGUUGAACUCUUCACAGAACUCCCCUCAUGACAAUCCCUCGACUCAUCAUCACCACCACCAUCAUCAUCAUCAUCAUCACAAUUCAUUAUCGAAGAGGAAUCGAAUUUUGAAUGAAAGCGAAUCUGUUGCAAAGGAGUCUGACUUGCUCAAGAUAUUGAAUCAGUCGCAAAUAGACAUGACCGAUACUGCUAAUGAAAGAGAAAAAACUCCUGGUGGACAUCCCUUGACUCCUUUGACGCAAGCAGUGGAAAUGGCUGCGGCUGCUGAGGCCAAUUCUAAAAAGAGAAAGAACACAGACGAAACGAGAAAUAGCAAAAAACUUCACUACGAAGUACCAGACGAAGAGGGUUUGGAUUUUUGGGAAACUAUGAGAAACUUGACCGAUCUACCCAACCACCAGAGCCAGAACCAUCAGAGUCCACAUCAGCAGCAACAGCUACAUAUUCAUCAGCAGUCGAUUUAUGGAGAUGAUCACCAGAAGCAAGUGUCGCACCAUCAGCAAUACUUCUCCAACAACAGUAAUGUUCAAACUGGUGAACAAACUAUCCCCGAGGGAAAGGAUAGUCAUGAUAUUCAUAAGAACGGAGAGGCCGAAGCGAAACAUGAAGAGAUCGAUGAAGAUGUGGAUCCUGAAGUGUUGAACGCUUACGGGUUGUUCUACAAUGUAUACACAAGAGAAGGUUCCGUGUUGCCGGAAGGACAGCCACAGAACCAGCAGCCUCCAGCUCCAGGGGCUGUGUAUGAUGCCUGGGGUGGAGGUUUUGGAAUCAUUCCUUUCAAUCCUUCAUAG